AUGGCUCAAGUUGCAGCUGCUCGGCAUGCUCUCGGAGUGGCGUCUCCCGCUUCCCUGCCUUCUGCUGCUCCUGCAAUCGCAGCGGCGGGAGAGCCGCAGAGUAUUCGCUGCAUUCAUGACCAUUACGAGUUGAUCAGGAAACUUGGCUCAGGCUACACAGCCACCGUCUACAGCGCUCGCUGUCGCGCUACUGGUCGUAUAGUUGCCGUAAAAGACAUUGACAAGGUGAUGGAAAUGUGCGAGGGCAGAGACCUCGUAGAUUACGUUUUGACACGCCCGCCUGGAGGCAUAGCAACUUCUUCCUGCCGUCGCCUCAUGCAGCAGCUGCUCCUCGCUAUACAUUUUCUUCACUCUUACAACGUGAGGAUCUUGCAUCGGGAUAUCAAGCUCGACAACAUCAUUUUCCGUCAAGCAGAUUCCUCCUCCUCCGGGCAGCAAGAUAUCGGGCAGACUGGCGAUUUGGCUCUCCUUGACUUUGACAUGUGCCUUCUGCUGCGUUCUGAAGAGCAGCAGCAAAUGCAGCAGCAGCAAAUGCAGCAGCAGCAAAUGCAGCAGCAGCAAAUG